AUGCCCGACACCUCUCGUCGGGUUACCCCAGCCACGCGGCCCACCAUACCGGAGCUGCUCGCGCAAAGCCGCCACCUGAGCGCCGCGUCGAUCAGGACAAUCACUAAGGUGACGUCAGGCAAACGCCUCAAUCCUUUCGGCGAGGAGAACACCGACGGGGGACCUGCAGCCAGAAAGCUUCGGACUACCCGGCGCAGCGGCUCUGUUCAAGCACAGGCCGUCGAUAGAGCCAGUAAUGGCAAGAGGUAUCGUGAUGCGACAGCACCGGACCUCGUACGGGAGCGCAGCUCCGCCUUGAACCGUCUUCCUACCAGUGGCCGUGAUGGCGAGUCCGCUCGUCAGAGCCCUCUGAAGCGCCCAGCAGACGACGACCUCAUGUUUCCCAGUGCCAAGCGCCUCACUUUUCCCUUCCCGCGCCUUGUCCCAUCCUUCCCACGCAGGUCUCUUUACGGCCCGUUUGGACCUCGCGUCCAUUGUUCAUGGGGGCCGCCGAACGCUCCGAAGAAAGAGGAAGACCUCGAGGAAGCGUAUCUUGUCGCGCUUGCCUUGGAGGCAAAUCCGCUCGCUGAAGCAGAGGGAAGGAGUGCGCUAGAUGGGGGAAUGGAGACCUCGACGACCGAGGCGGAAGAGCUUGACCUGGAUGGGAAUCCUUCAAUUUCCGUGAGCAUCGUCGGUAUUCCCUCCGCGCCAAGCUCUUCCGGACAGGGGCCACGCAGAGCCGCAAUUUCCUCUCGUGUCGGUCGCCGAUUUGCUCCCUACCGUCUGCGGAGGGACCGCGUCCACGGGCGCGAGGUUGAGCAUGCAGAGAUGAAGGAGAACGACCUUCUAGCCGCACACGAUAGGGCUUUGACCCUCGAGCGCCAGCUCCAGAGAGAGAUCGUGGUGGUGACCUUUGCGGAUGAGGACGAGAUCUGGGAGCAGCCGGGAGUGCGGCAAGCGGCGGAAGAGCCGGAGGACGAAUCCCUUGUCAAUGCGCAGGGGGUGGCCGAAGCGCAGCAGAGGCGGGACUUGGAGGAGGGAGUCGUUGUCGAAGAGGCACCCGAGAUCUGUGUGGACAACCAAGGCACCAUACAGCUGGCCAAGAACCGAAAUCCCUAUGACGGGACGAGGCCUAUCGGUGAGUGA